AUGGCCGACGACAGACCACCACGCUCGAAGGAGAUCUCACUACCGUCUAUCCAAUGCUACAAAGAAGCAAAGGGCUUAUUAGAGUGGAGAAAAGCAAGCAAGGAAGAGAUUGAUUCUAUCAACAAAAACAAGACAUGGUUUUUGGUUGAAAAGCCGAGAGAAGCAAAAGUGAUUGGUCUCAAGUGGAUUUUUAAGAUCAAGAAAAAUGCGGAUGAUGCUAUCAAUAAAUCCAAGGCCAGAUGUAAGAUGGGUGAGACGAAGCGAGAGACUGACAAGUCCGAUGAGGAGAGGAAGGUUCUUGAAGCCAUAGCUUUGAAAGCUUCGGAGUUAGAGACUAAAGUUGCACGGUUGCAGCAUGAACUGAUCAAGGCUACGACGGAGGCAAAGAAGCUCAAUUCUGAGUUUUCACAGAAAGGUCAUGGAAUUGAGGAAGUGGAGAAAGAGGUCGCUGGUUUAAGGACUGUUAAGGAGGAGAAUGAGAAGAGAAUGAAGGAAUUGGAGACAAAGCUUGGUGCUUUGGAGGUGAAGGAGUUAGAGGAGAAGAACGAAAGGUUCCAAGCAGAGGAAGUAGAUGAGGAGAAAGAAAAGGAGGAGAAGAAAAGAAAGAAGAUUAAUGGUUUGGUUCCUGAUAAUGGUGUUGUUGUGAAACAUAUCAAGACAGGUGAAGAAAUCGUUGUUUCGAGGAGAGUUGUUGGUGUUUUCCUGCUAAUGACAAUGGCGGAGUUUAGUGAUCAGUUUUUUGGGCUCCAAGAUGAGUUUUUCAACUAUGGCUGGAGACUUGAGUUUAGAGGGAACAACGUGACUGCGUUGUGGCCUAGGAAUGGGAAACCUGGACUGUGGUUGAAUUCGAAUUCAAGGAUGGGAGCGAUUUAUAGUUUGAUUGUGAGAGAAGAGGAGAUUUUGAUAGAGAAUGAAGAGAAGGGACAACAAGGUGAAGCCAAUGGUGGAGCAUUUAUUAGAGAGUCCAUCUAUGGUGUUGGGAUUUAUUUAACUGUUGCAAACUGCUCUUACUUCAGUGCUAGAUAUUGUGAUGUUGACAAAAACAGAGCACGUUACAUAGAUUGUGAUGGUGACAAAAACGGAGUUCGUUACAUGGUUUUAUGUCAUGUAAUAAUGGGGAAUAUGGAGCUUCUUCGUGGUGAUAAAGCUCAAUUCUUUUAUGGUGGAGAAGAAUAUGACAAUGGAGUAGUCGAUGAUAUCGAGAGUCCAAAGAAUUACAUUGUCUGGAACAUCAAUAUGAACACUCAUAUAUUCCCCGAAUUUGUUUUUAGGUUCAAGCUGUCUAAUCUCUCCAAUACUGGAGGUAAUUUGAUUGCUAAGCGUGAAGUUGCUGCGUUGCUUAGAAACAAUGAUGGUGAUAAGAAGAUUUCAAGCUUAAGGGGGAGAUUGUUGGUUUAAGCUUGAAAGAGGCUUA